CAGGGUAGAAAGCCUGUCGGUCUGGUAAAGACAUAAUGGUGAUUCGGGGGAGGGACAAGAUAUGAUCCAAUUCGGUCAGAAAACCGAAUCUUGAAGACCUUCCGUACGUACAACAAGCCCAUGCCUUUUAUAUUCCCAAGCAGAUAUCUAUCAAGUGACGUCGCUGGUGGCGUUGCACCGUCAGACCUCGGAAGGCACUAGCCCGUGACCCCCGCGUUUGGAAAGGCUUCAUACAUGUUGGAAAAGGGGAACCGACCCUUUACAGCCGCUGAAUACUAGCCAAGUUACUCUCGCUUUCUCACAGCCCCGACAACGCGAGCCAGUCGUGCAGGUUGUGCAUUAUUGCUAUGGAUGAGUUGAUUUGUCGUCUCCUUGCAUGCUUGCGCUAAUUUAACCUCACCCCACCCAUGUCUGCGCGUGUGCCCCUUUAUGUUGCUGCACGAUCAACUGCAAAGCAGAAAAGACAACGGACUCGGUCAGGCUGUCUCGUAUGCAAGCGAAGAAAGGUCAAGUGUGAUGAGGGGAAACCUUCAUGCGGCCAUUGCCGUGCCAAAGGUCUCACCUGCACCUACGACCGUAAUGCUACGCGGGCCCGCAUAAACAAUGGCGCAAGGAAUACUUCCACGGUUCUGGGGUCGAUCCAAGCACCUACGGUUCGGGGUUCCUCUUGGGAGUCAGUGGAUCCUGACAAGGUUUCUCACUCCGUUCGUGACCAAGAUGUCGCGAACUACCAGGUCGAAGAGCCACUCGCCAAAGCUUUCUGCGCGCAAAUGACCAGGAAUAUCAUUCGGAGUGUCGACUGUCCGGGAAAUCCUCAUUUGGACGUCUUCAAAUGCCUCAUGCAGUCUCCAACAGUGCUACACGCAUCACGAGCACUGGCGAACCUUAAUAAUUUCGCGCCCACGUUAUGUCCUGAAGAAGUUGCCCGCAACCGAACAGUCAGUUUGAAGCACCAAGGAAUGGCGAUCCAACUUCUCAAGCGCGACCUUCAAAUCCCUAGAUUGGCCCAUACGGAUGCUGUACUCGCAGCGACUAUACUGCUUUAUCUGUUCGAAAAGGCAUAUGAUGCCGACAACGAAAACCAUUCAAGUUACUUUGAAGGAGCUCGUGCCCUGAUUCACCAACGCUUCUUCACCGUAAAAGACGUAGCUCCGCAAGGCGACGAAGUUUCGUGGGCUACAAGGCUUCUGGACAGGGACAUCGAUAUUCUUAGGCUGACGGACUUGCUGAAUAUAAAGAGUGAACAGAAUCUUUAUUUGCUAGGCUGGGCGAAAGAUGCAUUCUGGUUUAUGACCGAUCUUGCUGCUUUCACUCAGAGCCUACUAGCUGGUAUGCCGCCAGACCAAGAUAACGCUGCAUGGAGUAUGAGGAUGCUCCCUAGAGCGAUGCGCGUCGAAAAAAGGCUCAAGGCGUACACAGUGACUAUAGAUUCGGUGAAAUAUUAUAUGGGAAAGGUUGAGGUUGCUGAGGACACCACGAAACAUUGCCUAUGGACAAUUGAACUUCUACGCCGAACCUCACUGCUCUAUCUUUACCAGGUGAUGCCGGAAUUGAUGCCAUCGUUCUUAGUAGACGACUUAGCUCAUGAGUUGCUCCAACAAUUGCACACCAUUCCGAAAGACAGUCCCAUGAUAGCAUACCAUGGCUGGAUUCUGCUCACUGUCGGCGCACAGUGCCUGGACCCUAUAGACCGUCGUUUAGUGCUCGAAAGAUUGGAGCUCAGCCACGGCAAAUUUCAGCUCUCGUCCGUCGCCACCAAUGCAACGAAACUCCUUCUAGAGGUCUGGAGGCGAAGAGAUGAGCGACUUAGGGACGGAAAUUAUACGAGUCGUGUGGGUAUCGGGCAUUGGACUGAUGUUCUGAGAGAUAUCGGACCAAAUCUAGCGUAUGUAUAAAAGUCACCGUUAGUGGCUGCUACUGGCCAUCCAUUCCAAUAAAAUUUUCGUAUAAGUCAACAGGUACACGACAAAAAAAUUAUCCGAUUGUGAUUUGCUUCUUUCUAGAUAAGCAACAUCCAUGAAUGUGAACAUUAGCGCCAUAUCGUUGAUCACCAACAGCUUUAUACCAACGAAAAGCCUUCGC